UCACAACAUCGCCCAGAUACUACACUACCAUUAAACAUGUCAAUUUCUGCAACUUAUUUCUGGCUUAUUCCCUGUGUAAAGCCAAAGAAGCCAUUCUAAUUUCUGUUACAAUUAUAAAACGGCGGCAAUAUACUUAACUAUUAUUUCUCUCAAGUUGAUAUCUCGCAUUACUAAGUAACCAGAACACGUCGGCCCAUUUAACAUCAUGAUGAGCCCGCAGCUAUCGCCGUUGUCACCGCUGUGUGCGUAUGCAUCCUCGUAGCUCUCGUUGGUUUUAUCUGCGCUUCGGCCGUGCGCGCGGCUUUCAGUUCCCAUUGUGCGAAUGUGCGUCUGGAUUCCAGAAUAGCUACACAGAUCAGCGGCGCAUGGCUCGAGACAGAAGGCGCGAGGAAAUCCACCGGCUGGGCACUGAAGAGCUUAAGAAUAGCCGCGCGAAGCACAACUAUGUCUAUGCAUGCGACGAGGGAACCAUUGUCGGCAGCGAGCUCGAGUACGUGAUCGAGAACGGGGCCAGUGCCUGGGAGUUUGUGCCGGCAGUCGAAAACACUGGCGUCACCGUGCAAAAUGGCAACGAAAUUGAGUUCACAGGGGGGGAGCAGUCUCUAAUGGCCAACUUGCAGUUUCCUAAUGAACAGCGCGUGUACUACUUUGAGGUGCGGCUGGACAGUCUGCCAGAGGGCACGAACGUGGCGAUCGGCGUGGCAAUGAAAAGCUACCCGCCGCUGCGCAUGGCCGGGUGGGCCAACAACUCGGUCGCUUACCACACCAUCGACGGCGCGGCGUACUACUCCCAUCCGCUGGACGCUUGCCGCAAGUGCAUCCGCGCCCGCACGAGCGACACUGUGGGGCCGUACUCGGGCAAGAUGUUUUUUGCAAUCAACGGCGCCAUUGUCUGCCAUAUCAGAACGCCGUGGGUCCAGAAGCGGCUGUACCCGAUUGUGUCGGCCGACGGUCCAUGCAGCGUCAAUGUCAAUGUCGGAGGAAUACGGCUGCCGCCGCCAAUGUACCAGCAUGCCUCGGACUGUGUUCUUUUGGACGCUAGCCAGGCUGAGCACGAUUCUGGAGACUCGUGUUCUGCCCUCAGCGUCGGGCCGCCGUCCUACGACGGCGGUAUUCAUAUGUAUUCUAAGCGGUACCGCGAAGAGCACCUGGCAAUUGACAUCGAUAGAGACAGUCUCGGAAGCACAAACAUCGGUGAUGCUGACGGAUUCAGCCGGGUCGAAACUGAGGAGGCCGCGGUGCAAAGCAGCAGAGCUGGGGUUUACAGGCAGGACUCAUUGACCGGCCUCGAAAAUGCUGACGGGUUAUCCUACGGCGGCGACGGCGGCAGCGACACCGAGAUGUAUGGGGCAGAUGAUGGCGAAUCGAACAAUGCGGGUGGUCUGGAGCUGGAUCUGGAUCAAGGAUUGGGUUGGGCAUUGGUGGGAUCUAG